AUGAGUGAAAAAGAUUCAGCAGCAAAUCAGGUGGUCCCGGCUUUGGUUCACACCCUUGGGACCCUGGCUCUAGCAGCUGUCACAGCAAUAGCCAUUAAGUGGUUCUUUUCACGUAAAACAAAAGAGGGGGAAACUCUGGAUGAUGAUGCCGACUGGCAUUUGCACCUGGAUCUAAUGGCAAAAGAUGAACAAUGUCAAAAGGAUCCAGCUCCUGCACUUCUUAAGGUCAGUAAAAGAGUUGAAGAGAAUGGUUCUGCUUGUGCAGGCAACAGCUUAAGCCUGAAAGACUCAAGCACUUUGCAUGACAAAUGUAUGACACAGGUUGAUAGCCUAAGCACAGUUUGUGCAACUAAUGAACACGACAAGUCUAUUCAUGAGGACCUUCCUCAUGUGAGACCCUCAGUGUCCACCUGUCAGAGUCCACUUGUCACACUGGGUUCCAAUAGCAGGUUGGCUCUACCUCAAACAAGUUAUGCAGAUAAAAUGAAAAGCACUAAAGAACAAAAAAUGCCUUUUCAGAGGGAUGAUAAGCCUGACAGUAGGUUGGAAACAGUUAAACAAAGAAAGAAGGAGGAGUAUAACUGUGAAAUGUCUGCAAAAUCUCAGGGGAGCAUUACCCAAUAUACAGAUACUGGUCUAGAGACUGGCUUCUCAGAGGGGUUAAUGCAAUAUCACAGCGCAGACAAGAGUUUAUAUGGAGACAAAAUGAUCUUGGGGUCAGGAAAACAUGACAAUGGAAACGCUUGUUCCACCAAAAGCAUAGAAAGAUACCAGAGCCCCAUAUCUAAUCACAAAUCCAAACUUCUACUGGUAGAUUAUAAACCCCAACAUUUAGGAAAUAUCCAAGCCAAUACCAGAAAUAUUCUAGUGGGAAGAAAAAACAUUCCUCAUAAAUCUUUCCUAUUUGCACCAAGAAUUGAAAGGGCUAUAAUGAGUAAUAAAGUCAGACCUGGGAAUUAUUUGGAGCUACCCGAUAUGUGUUUUCUACGACCCUCCAUAAAUGAUGGACAGAACAGCAAAGUGAAAACAGUAGCUUACUAUAAUAUCACAAGGGAACAUCUAAAACGCUCCUUUUUGACUAUAGAUUCAUCGCCAUCAUCUCCACCAAAAACCUACCCUGGUAUAUUCUGCAGUACAGAAAAAAGCAAACUCUAUCCCAGCCUGUUACUGUCUGCACAAGCUAACCAUUCAUGGCUCUCAAAAUAUGACAAAUAUAAGCACACCGAAUAUAAACCUCCAAAGCAACUUGUACAAAUAAGACACGAGAAAUCAAACCAUACAGAAGAAAAAGAGAAUGCUCUUGCAACGACUUCCCAUUUAAAUUUAAUUGCAGGUUCAGUGCUUGUUUCCCAAGAGACUUUGAGUGAAACAGACAACAAUGAUAUUGUAAUGGCUGAGCGGCACCAAGCAUUCGGCAUGUUGUGUGAAAGAGACAAAAAACUCCCAGACGUCCAAAAAAAUGUUAAUUAUGGUCAAACUAAGACUCAGUAUCUGGUCCACAUUCCUUAUCCUACACUCGGCAUGAAUGAGAACAAUCAAAUACAUGAAUGUUACUCUCAUGGAAAGAAAAGUCAGCAGCACGGUGUAAUUACAGAAAGCAAACCGGAAGAAUACAGUAUGUUUAAUGCAACACGGGUUUUUAAUCGACUUGAAAAUAACCCAGAAAACGAUGAAAACGGACAAUAUAUAAUGGACACCUUGCCAAUACCAGAGAAAGAUUAUCACACUCUUAUCACUCAUGCAAAGAUAAUUCCCUCUCAAAGCCUUUCUCUUCUAGAACUUAACAAUUCACUUUCAUAUGAGGAAAGUAUUGCAUUUAAUCCUAUCAAUGAAACCAAUUUAAGUCAGGAUAAUGAGAAAUCCAAUAUCUCUAAAGGUAAUAAUACAACUGAACCUGAUUACAUUGUUCCUGGUACUAGAAUGGGAAGUACAAUUCCAUGUUUUGCUACAUAUUCAGAAUUAACUAUAAGUUCCACAGAUAUCAGUUCCUUAAAUGCUAAUAAAAAUAGCACAGAAUGUUGCCGAUUUCAGCAGGAUACAAAUGACAAUGCAGAUAAUACAUCAAAUGGAUACUUACAUGGCAGUCAAGAACAGUCUACUAAUGUUAAUAAUCAAUGGCAACAAUAUCAGGGGCAAGACAAUGGUUCGUCAGCUCUUCAAAGCACUGAAUUUACACUUGGAACACAAACAAAGGACGUUUAUGAAGAAAUACAUGAAAAUAAAUUUACUAUAGAUCAGAGCUCAACCAUCAUAACCGAUCAACAAGUCCUCCUCAUAGAGAAUUCCAAAGAGGCUGAAGCUAAAACUGUGGGAGACUGCACCAUGGUAGGAAAUAUGUCUGAAUUCAAAUCCCUGUGUUCUUUGAUGGUCCCAAGUGAGCUCUCAAAUAGUCAUUCAGCGACGGAUUUUGCCAUUUCUGAAGAACAAUUUGAACCAAUGCAAGGUGCACAUGAAACAGAAAUAUAUCCAACCUAUGACUUACCUCAUGAGCUGGAGCACGAGACCCAAGAUGCUUCACAACAUCAACAAAAAACAACGCCUUCAAGUGACCCACUUCUUUCCAGCAAAAGUAUUCUGUCUAAUAUUGCAGAAAAUAAUAAUUCAUUAAGCCCAGAACCACAAAAAGCAAAUAUCUUUGAUGUGGACAUGCCAUUGGUUGCAAAGAGCUGUGAAAACAUCUAUUCUCAGCUCUUAAGACAAAGAUUGACCCUGAAAAGCAAGGCCCAAAGUAUGAUGUGUUUACUGGCAGAAUAUUAUUCCUCAACAGGAGGCUCUCAGACUGGACCUGUCGAGGAAGUAUCAAGAGGAAGCUUCAUUAGGAUUCCUGCUGGACUUCAGGAUGUAGGCAAAGCAAUGAGGGUUCAGUUAACUCUGGGCAAUUGUUUGGAAUUGUUAAAGCUAGCGAGAAAGAACAGUGUACCUGAACUCAUUAAAGCUGUUUACACUGUGAUCAGCGACAAUUAUCUUCAUGUCCUAAAGAACCCUGCCAUUUAUGGGCGCCUGACGGCUUCUGAGAGGGACCAAAUUCUUCAGCUGAGAAUGAAGGGGAAAGCAUCGCUCUGCAUCAUUGAAAUGAAAAGCAUCUUUGAGUGGAACAAAAAGAAACAGGAUUCAGCAAAAGUGCAUCAGUUUCAGUCUAGGGGUCAAUUAUAUGCCCUAGAUAUGGAAAAGAACCAAUGGAAAAUGGUGACGAGUAUCCCGGAAGAAGCUUGCCUUAAAGGAUCUAGUAUAUGUUCGAUGCACAAUUACCUGUUCAUUGCAGGGGGCAUCCAGGUGGUAGGAGGAAACUCAACAUGUUCCAGCAAAUUAUUCUUUUACAAUCCACUAACUGAUAUCUGGGGCCAGCUGAUGCCAAUGAACCAAGCACGAUCCCAGCUAAAGCUAAUUCCACUUGAUGGGUAUCUUUAUGCUAUAGGGGGCGAGUGCCUGCAUACUGUGGAAAAAUAUGACCCUCGGUUAAAUAAAUGGACAUUUACAGCCCCUCUGCCCAAAGGCUCCUUUGCUGUGGCACAUGAAGCUGUUGCCUGUGGAGGAGACAUUUUUAUCUCAGGAGGGCAUCUAUUUUAUCGACUGUUAAAAUACAGCCCUGUCAAUGACCAAUGGGAGGAAUGCCCUUUCGGUGCAAGCAAGGGAAGAUCUUGUGACAUGAUAGCCGUGGGGAAUAUUCUCUACAGAUUUGACAUUCAGAGAGAUUCUACAGUUGGCAUCUUCAAAUAUAAUACCAUAUCCAAGAGCUGGUCAGAAUACACAGCCAUCUUUCCUGGUAGCAAGAUGCCCUUCAGAUGUGCCGUGAUAGAUGGUGCCAUCUACUGCUUAAACAGGGAGACGACCACGCGUUUCGCAGUGGAAGAUGAAGCAGUUAUGUUUGAGUCAGCAGUUUUCUCCAGUUUCCCAACAAAGGGUUUAGGUUCUGCUUGCCCCGUUGUGUUGAAUUUGACAGGGUCAGUUCCUCAGACCUCUGUCUGAGUGAACGUGUCCAUGUAACUAUGGGGCAAAUUCACUAAGCGCCGAAGCGCCUAACGCUAGCGUCAAUUCGCUA